GUUCACGCUGGAGCUUCAACCUCUUUAUAGUCAUUCCCUCUUCCUUUGCCCAGCUCGUACAGCUGCUUGACUCUUGGUUCUUAUCCACAGCGGACGGUCAAUCGUAUCCCGUUAAACUCCCCCGCCUUCAAAAUCAAGUGAAAGCUUUGCUCGUAUCCCAGCAAUGGCCCCGCAACCAUGGUAUAUUGAAAACCCCAAUGUCGGGAAUCGAAGCCAUGCGGAGGAUUGGCGAAUCCGCGGGUACAACCCGCUGACACCGCCCAAUCUCCUCCAGCAUGAGAUCCCGCAAACUCCUCACUCCAAGAAGACAGUCUUGAUGUCCAGAGAGGAGGCCGCCGCAGUCGUCAACGGCAUUGACCCCAAGAACCGCCUCAUGGUCAUCGUCGGACCGUGCUCGAUCCACGACCCCGAAGCUGCCAUGGAGUACUGCGGCCGCCUCCUCAAGCUCAAGGAGAAAUAUAAGAAUGAGCUCUUGAUCAUCAUGCGAUCGUACCUCGAGAAGCCACGUACUACAGUUGGCUGGAAAGGUCUGAUCAACGAUCCCGACGUCGACAAUUCCUUCCAGAUCAACAAGGGUCUUCGCAUCGCCAGGCAGCUGUUCGUCGAUCUGACCGACAAGGGAAUGCCAAUUGCCAGCGAAAUGCUCGACACCAUUUCCCCCCAGUUCCUUGCCGACUUACUCUCCGUUGGCGCGAUCGGUGCCCGAACCACCGAGUCCCAGCUCCACCGCGAGCUCGCCAGCGGGCUAUCUUUCCCCGUAGGUUUCAAGAACGGCACAGACGGCUCUCUCGACGUAGCCGUGGAUGCCAUUGGCGCCGUCAAGCACCCCCACCACUUCCUCAGCGUAACCAAACCUGGUGUCGUCUCCAUCGUCGGGACGAUGGGCAACGAGGACUGCUUCAUCAUUUUGCGCGGCGGCAAGAAAGGCCCUAACUACGACGCAGCCUCCGUCGCAGCUGCAAAGAAGAGACUCAUCGAAAAGGCCGUCAAUCCCAGAUUAAUGAUUGACUGCAGCCAUGGCAACUCGGAGAAGAACCAUAAGAACCAACCCAAAGUUGCCGCCAACAUUGCAGCUCAGAUCGCUGGGGGAGAAACCGCUAUUAUGGGCGUGAUGAUCGAAAGUCAUAUUAACGAGGGCAACCAACCCGUCUCACCCCAGGGCAAAGCUGGCCUCAAAUACGGCGUCAGCAUUACCGAUGCCUGCAUUGGCUGGGAAGACACAGAAUCUGUCCUUGCCACCCUUGCAGACGCGGUAAAAAAGCGGCAAGCCAUCGAGACAGAGAAGCCCAGCUCGUAAUUUAAUCUAAGACGCGCCAUGUCCAGCCUAGGGUACGGAGAGGAAACCGCGCAUGUCUCAACGGGCGUAUGGAAUAACGUUUUUCUACCUGAAAUAGAUAAAAAGGGUUUGAUGUGUCUUGAGUCUUUCAUCUCGGUAUCCACGUGCAUGUUAAUUUAUUUACCUUUCUUACACGGUUUCUUCAUCUUGCAUCGCACCCCUCCGUUUUGGGUGCUGUUUGCAUGGUGGUUAUGGCGCACCAAAUCUCAUCAACGCCACAAAAUUUUAUAUCAAACUAGGAGUAUGGAUCGAAGAAUUACGCGGGAGGGGCAAAAAAAAUAAAAAAGGCACGGUCCAUUCGGUGAUGGGAAUCCCCGGCUCUUCUAGCAUUUCGGGCGUACUUUAGUUAUUGUGGAAUUUUCGGAAAAUCUGUCCUUCAUGUUCAGUGCCAUGUCAGAUGUCCUUAGUACCAAUUUGGUCCGCUUUUCAUCAGCACAACAUUAAAUUAGCAGAUGCCUCCGAUCAAUCAAAAUGUAGAAAGAAAUGGUGAGUGAUAAAGACGAUAUGCUAAAGGGGGGUAUCCGAGGGGAAAGGAAAGGUACACAUUAUAUCCGUAGAAUGUGCUGAACUAAGAGAGGAACCACCGGGAAAUGCACCGAAAUAACCUAACGAAGGAAAAGAUCAUGGCGGACGUGAUCAUAUAUGCUCAUUAAAAUCCGGGGAAUUAACACGGAACUCAAUGCAUGAAGGAUGUCGAACAAAAUUAGUUGUCAUCAUACCACCUCAGACGAGUUUCGUAGCGCAGUAAUCGGAUUCGCUCGAUGUGCUGUUCCAGGAAUCCAUGCCUCAUCCAGCGGCAAAAUAAGAUUAGGGUUGACGUACUUCCUCAAUCUCGGCGCUAGGUCCUGUCCCCUAAGUCGGAGGGGUAUAGAGUCCCGUUCCCAUUGUGAAGGUGGAGACAGGGUUGAUGUCGGAGUGGGACUUUCAUCCGAUUCAGCAGCACGGUCACGGUCGAUGCUCCGCAGGGCGAUGAAUUUCAUCAACGGGUCGUAGGUCCUGGAGAAAAAGUAGAAGAACCACACUGUUCCUGCGAGCAAUGGAACAAUCAAGAUCGAACGUGUGAUUGCUCUUCGCAGUGCGAGGAUGCCGAUCAUUGCAAGUUGGAAGACGAGAAGUCCGACGAUAACGCGGCUGCAUAUCAUGGGCCAGGCACGACCGGUGGAAUGUUGUCGGUGAUCCAUGGCGUAGAGAAGCUGGUAUUUGUAAAUGAAUCGGCCAAUGCAGAAGUAGAUGAGGCCAAAGAGGCAAACAAGCCAGGAGCUCGGGAAAACGCUGUACACGAUGCAAAUGAUAAAGAUGAGGAUAGUUUGUGGGAGUGCGAAGCCGUAGUUAAACAUAGGGGGUUUUUCCAGGUCAGCGUAGUCGCGAGGCGUUUUCGCUCCU